AAUUUUUUCUCCUUAUUAUUUACAGGGAGGACAGGGUGGGUUCGAAGAUGUGCGAAGAUACAUCAAACAGGGAGGCGACUUCUGCAAAGAAUUGGCGUCGAUUCUUCACGAAAGAGCCGAGUUGGAAGCUACUUAUGCGAAAGGACUCAGCAAGCUCAGCAGCAAGUUGACGAAGGCCUGCGCCAAGGAUCAAGGUGGUAAUAGCAACGGAGGCGUGAACGAGGCAUGGAGGUGUGUCGGCGAGGAGAUGGAGGCUGCUGCGGAAGCCCAUCGGCUAUGGGGCAUCGCGCUCGGCGAGCAGCUCGCCAAACCGCUCAGAGUGGGUGUAGCGGAGACGCAGGGUCGAUCGAGGAAGUCCGUCGAGAAUUCAGUGGACAAGGCAUCCAAGUCGCUCCAGGAAUGGCGCGGGAUCGCGGCGAAGAGUAAGAAGCAGAGCUUCGCGUGUGCGCGCGAGAACGAGAGGCUGCAGGACCUGGCGCGGCUGCAGACCAUCAGUCAGAGCCAGCAGAGCAACAAUAAAUUGUCGAAUCACCACAUGACGGAGAAGGAAGCGAACAAGCUGGAGACCAGACGGCGGAAGGCCGAGGACUCGUCGCGACGCGCGGACACGGAAUUUUACACGGUGAGCGUGAGGGCCGAGAGGGCCAGACUGGAGUACGAGAGCACGGUGAGGAAGGGCGCGAAGCAAAUGGAGCUGCUCGAGGAGGAGCGACUCAGCGCCCUGAAGGACUUUGCCAAUGUUUACUUGACGCAUCUGCAGGCGCUCGCGCCAAAACUGCAACAGAGCGUCGAUCGCCUGCUAACUCCCGUGCGAAGCUGCAACGUGUCGCAGGAUCUUGAAGUCCUGAAGAACCUCGUUCGUCGAAUGGACAGCAACGACGCGACGAAUGCGGAGCAGCUACUGCCGGAUUUUUACGCCGAACACGUCACGCUGGCGAUGAACCGCGAGCGACGGAAGCAAGCGCUAGUGAGGGUGCUGCAUCUAAUUAGGCAAGAUCUCGACAGGGAGAGGCGAGGUAGAGAAGGUCUAGAAACGUUACAUCGGGCCUUCAUUAAGACACCGGCCUUCGCGGCGGAUGAGAGCGCGCAGAACGUGACGGAUAAGCUGCAUCACAUGCGUUCCAUGUUGCUGUAUCUGGAAGCGGCCAGAUUUAAGGUCGGCGGUACGCUCGCGGAAGUAGAAGGCAGCAAACGAUCCAAACAUCCUUUGUCGGAUCAUAUCCUGGUUUCGAGAGACAAGCAGGGCUUGCAGCAAAGUGUUCUUAAGAUUCCUUCUUGGGCAAAGAACGAAUCUUUUGAGAUUCAAGAUGAUGAUGACGAGCUCGAGAUGCACCUGACGAAGGAUCAGGAUACCGAGACACGCGACUGGGUUGAUCGGACAGCUGGCGACGGAAAUUCCGAGAAUCCGCCGGACGAGGACGAUUUUAGUGACUUCGACGAGUUCAGCAGUCACUCGGAGGACAACAACAACCAGGAGGCGGUUGACGGGGCGGAAGUGGUAACGACGGCCAAGACCGAACACACGGAGCAGUGUCGAGCGAUCUAUCAGUAUUCGGCGAAUUUGAACGACGAGCUCAGUCUCAAUCCGGGUGACUUGAUAACCGUUCAUCAGAAGCAGGCGGACGGCUGGUGGAUAGGCGAGUGCAGAGGCCGUACCGGCAUAUUUCCGGCCACUUACGUGCAAGUUAUACAUUAAUAGACGACUUAUUUGUAUUCAUCGAAUAACGCUCGGUGUUAACGUGAGUUCCACGCGAGUCCUCUUAAAUCUUGAUCAUACGGCUUCGCUGAACCAGGUAAGAGUGUUAUACAAUGUGCCAAUAUAGGGCGUUACACGUGACGAUUACUUUUUACGCGUAGAAAUCGAGCGUAUUUGGAUCGUAAGCUCAUAUAAUAACAACGACGCACAUAAGAAUUAAUACCAAAUAACAGUUACCAUCAUCGCUGAGACGGGACGCGUCCGCCUACUAGUGGAAAUAUUUUAAUCGCGUCGGUACUAUUUUCGUAUAUGACGUAUUUAUCAUUUUUAUUACUGUUUAUAUAAUUAGUACUCGUUUAUUUGUAUCCUUUUCAAGGAGAAAUCGACAUUUUAUUAAAUCUGACACACUGCACUUUACAAUUCAUCGAGCAUACUAUUUACCUUGUUAGAGAUAUACGAUGCAUUUUUAAUUAAAAAAUACUAUCCCAUAUUCUAAAAAUUGAAACUAUAUUUCACUAGUAUGAAAGGUGAUACAAGAAGCUGGCAUACUUAUUAUCUCUGCCAUAGUGAUUAUGAUCAUUACUUUUGUACUCCUUUAAUUCUUCAGAGCUAUCGAUGUAUUUCCAAACCUUUGGAAAACAUUAUUUUUCAAGCACGUUGUUGUAUAUGUAUGUAUCGUAUCUCAUUUUAAGAAUUCAGAUUAUCAUGCGUUUUUUGUAAUUUAUUAAGAAUAUGAAUGCACAUACGAGAUCGAAGCAGCGAGAGAGCGAAGAAAGACGCCGAAAAUUGUACAUAUUAUUUGUAUCAAACGCAUUCAAUUGUAAAUAUCCAGAUAUAAGGAGCUAUUAUUUAAAUGUACUGUUCAGUAUGUGCUAACAACGCAUUUAUUUACAGAUUUA